AGUUGCCUUGGUACUUAUGCUUAAACUAGGUAAUAUGGAAUAAUGGGCAAAUAACAAGGAAAAUGAGAUCUUCACUAAAGCUCAAAAGAAGAUUCCUCACUCUCCGUCAACUUCACUUCUCUUCUCUCCACUACACUCCAUUCCAUCUCUACAAGUAAAUCAAUUUUGGACAAGUGAAUUAUCUUCAUAUUUCUAUCUUCAGAUACCUACCUAAAUACCUAGUCAGAUAUCUCAAUUAUGACGGGGAUAUCUUUUUAUAUCUUCUCAUUUCAAGCUCUCUUGAUUCUAUGUCUACUUGUUAUCAUUGUCCUCCUCAUUCAAAAUUAUGUUGACGAAAAACAUCUCGUUGCUACACCUUCCAUUAGGAAAGACGAAGCUGUUCUUACAACAUAUGCAAGCAUCAAAAUCAACGCAUCUGCGGACCAGGUUUUCAAUGCAAUCACCUCAUUUGAAAGAUAUGGAAGUGGAUUUUCCCAAUAUAAAUGGGAUAUUGGUCAGGAUAAAAUGCCCGCCGUGGGCACGAUGGGGCUUUAUUCGGUGAGAUAUUCCCCCAUCGACAGGAGAGGUGCGCACAACUAACUUCCGUCCAGUUUCGAGUCGAAGAUAUACAGGACCGUUGCGUACCUGUUGUCUUGACUUUGCUGGAUCCUGUGCAUAAGAAGAUUGCGGCGAAGACUACCCUAUACCCCGAUUGGCUUCUUGGCACGGAGAGAGUCCAGGAAGUUGUGCCUAUUAAAGGCAAGAAGAAUAUUUGUGAGUAUAGAAACUGGACAACGUUACAGGGCUUUGCGGCAUAUUAUCCUUUGUUGACGGCGAAAGAAGAGCUUGAGGAUGUUGCUAGGGAUGCAGCUACGGAAUUGAAGAUGUUUGUUGAGACACGGAAGCACGAAGGAUGACAUUGGAAACAUAUUUAAUAAUGGACCAAAGAUCAGGAGACGAACCAAGAUUUUCUCUUGAUGGUUAGAUUUUUCUUGAGGGUACUUCCAUCGAUACCUGGGGCUUGGCAAGAGACAUUGGACAUCAUCGUACGCCAUCAAUCAUAACGAACUGG